GCCGCUCCUGCUGGCGCCUCUGAGUCCGGCCGAGCGGCUGUCCAGCCGCCGCCGCCCACGACGACGACGACGACGGAGAAGCCGCCGCCGUUCCGGGAGGCACUCAUGAGCUCGGAGGCGUCUUCCCGCGCAGCCACGCAGCUCCGCGCCCUCUUUCGCAUGGAGCCGGCUCCGCCCGCCUCGGCGGAGCAGCUGCUGGGAGCCUCGGAGUUCCUCAAAGACAGACUAUAUUUUGCUACUUUACGAAAUCGACCCAGAAGCACAGUAAACACGCACUAUUUCUGUACGGAUGAGGAGCUUGUUUAUGAAAAUUUUUAUGCAGAUUUUGGACCUUUAAAUGUGGCUCUGGUACAUCGAUUCUGCUGUAAGCUAAACAAGAAAUUAAAGUCAUUCAGUCUUUCAAGAAAGAAAAUAGUGUAUUAUACCAGCUUUGACCAGCGGAAACGAGCAAAUGCCGCAUUUUUGAUAGGUGCAUAUGCAGUAAUCUCCUUAAAGAAAACACCGGAAGAAGCUUACCGAAUACUUUUAUCCGGAUCUAAUCCACCAUAUCUUCCAUUUAGGGAUGCCUCAUUUGGGAACAGUACAUAUAAUCUUACUAUUCUGGAUUGUCUACAAGGAAUAAAAAAGGCCUUACAGCAUGGAUUUAUUGACUUCAAGACAUUUGAUGCAGAUGAGUACGAGCAUUAUGAGCGAGUUGAAAAUGGUGACUUCAACUGGAUCGUCCCAGGAAAAUUUUUGGCAUUUAGUGGACCACAUCCAAAGACCAAGAUUGAAAAUGGCUACCCUCUCCAUGCACCGGAAGCCUAUUUCCCAUAUUUCAGGAAGCACAACAUAACAACUGUCAUAAGACUCAACAAGAAGAUUUAUGAGGCAAAGCGUUUCACAGAUGGUGGGUUUGACCACUACGACCUGUUCUUCAUAGACGGGAGCACGCCGAGUGACAGUAUAUUGCAACAGUUCUUGACCAUCUCUGAGGAAGCAGAAGGUGCCAUAGCUGUGCAUUGUAAAGCUGGGCUAGGAAGAACAGGAACACUGAUAGCCUGUUAUAUAAUGAAGCACUAUAGAUUCACACAUUCUGAAGCCAUUGCCUGGAUACGAAUGUGCAGGCCAGGUUCUAUUAUUGGACCCCAGCAGCACUUCCUUGAAGAAAAGCAGCCGAUGUUAUGGCUCCAAGGUGACCUCUUCCGAUCCAAACAGAAACCAAGAUUAGUAGAUGAAGACAGCAUGAGCAGAAUUCUGUCUGGCUUGGAUGACAUUUCCAUCAGUGGGACUUUGAAUAAAAUAGAAAGUAAUUUGGAUAAAUAUGUAGAGAGUGAAUUGGAAGACACUUCAGAGCAGGAAAUCAAGAAUGGCAUGACGCAGGGGGACAAACUUCGUGCCUUAAAACUUCGGAGGCAGCCACGUUCAGCUACAACGGGAACUCUUAGGCUUGAAGAUAUGAAACUGCACGCCAGAUCCAGAUCCCAGCCUUUCAGAUUGAAUACUGCAUCUAUCUCUCAGGGAUCUGCAUCUCCUUUGAAGUCCUCCAAAGUGGCGGCUGCUACAUCACCUUCAGCGAAGAGAAUAAGCAGAAGUUCUCAGUCCUCCUCAAGCCCAAAUUUUAAAAGCAUUUCCAUAAACUCCAGGCUAGCCAGUUCCCUAGGGAACCUGUAUGCCGCUUCAGAUGAUGCCGAGAGCAAACUGACAUCAUCGUCCUCUAGGACAGGUUAUUCUGUAAACCAAAUCUGCAGUCACUUGAAUGGCAGCGCGCACCUGCCUGCCAGAAAUUACCAUGAGCAGAACAACAACAUGUACAACAGGAGCGGCAGUAGCACUACCAACCUCAACAGCUAUGCCAAUUCUCCCAGCGUCCUGACAGACGAGUACAGCACCUACAGAUCCUUUACGGGGCUCGCUGCUUCUCCAGCAAGAUACCUGAGCCGCUCAAUUCCUUCCCUUCAGUCUGAAUAUGUUCAGUACUAAAGCCUUGUUGCUUCGGUGAAAGCUGGACAAUUCUUAAAAUUCGGUUCUCUUCAAGAGGAGCAAUGUUGAGGGGAAAACAACCAGCCCAAGGGGACAAGACCUCUUCAUACAUGAUUAGAGCUAAAGACACCAAAAUCUCUGAAUUACCUAGAGACUUCAGUUAGUGACUACUACGAAUGCACUGAAGUCAAAACUUACAACUAGUACAAUUUUGUGUAUAGAUGCAAGAUUUUAAAAUGGAGAAUAUUUCUAAUGGAUUUUAGCAAUAUAUUUGUAAUUAUGGUUCUCGAUAACAGUGUUAUUAUAACGUGUGUAUAUAAGUAUAUAUAUAAAUAUAUAUAUAUAUUGAGUAAAAUAUUUUGUGUGUAUAUAAAUAUCUAUAAAUUGUGUAAACAUAGGCUAUAUUUUCAUUUAAGCUUCACUUUUUUAAUCCCUCCAAAACUGUGUGUAUUUUUAGAUGUCUUAUUUUACAUUUCAAACAUUAGCCAGCACCCAGAGAAAGCAACGGGUGAAAACCACUGUUGUGCACACCUAGAGGGGAAUGGGUUUGCUGGUAAGUGGCAGCCCGCCCCGCCCCCACCUCAGCCUUGUGGGUUGCUGCAUCUCAGAGGGCCUUUCAACUUCUGCAGCAUGCAACAAGGUGUCAGAAGAGGGGAACUAAAAAUAUAUAUGUGCCUAUUUGGAAGCCUCCUGUUCAAAUCUCUUGAACCUGGCCAUUAAGAACAGAGCUGCUUGCUGAUUUUAUUUUCAUGCACUGUGGCUACAGUAUUAUAAAUAAUUUUCAAUAGUGGGAAGAAAGUUAAUAGCCUCAUUGCUUUGGCUUUGAAAAUGCUAAUGUUUGAAAUGGACAUUUUUCAAAGGGAUAUAGAAUGCCUAUGAAGCAGGCCUGUUCUAGCAUCCUUAAUUAAGUGUCUUUUCCAUGGAAAGGGGAAGUAAUUUUAAAAUAAAUAAUUAGUAUGUUACCUUGUUAACAUUGUCAGCCCAAUAAUUUGUUCUGCAAAGACGUUCUGUUCUUUAGAGCCUUGCCUUUCUGUAUUUCCCUUUUCUGUAUAAUUCAGUUCUAGAAACUGUACUGUAUCAGAAUGCGAAGCCAGGAUGAAAUAUCCACCUGUGUAUAGUGAGCAAAGAGUUUGUGCAUAGCACGGAAGACACGUACUGUCUGAAUUUGUAAUAGUUGCAAAGAUUCUGUCGCUGCAUAUUUAGACAUGGA